AUGGAGCUGGCGGCCGGGAACCUCAGCGAGGGGAAGGCGGGCGGGCCCGAGCCCCCCGCCCCGGAGCCCGGGCCUCUCUUCGGCAUCGGCGUGGAGAACUUCAUCACGCUGCUGGUGUUCGGCCUGAUCUUCGCGCUCGGCGUGCUGGGCAACAGCCUGGUGAUCGCUGUGCUGGCGCGGCGCAGCAAGCCGGGCAAGCCGCGCAGCACCACGAACCUGUUCAUCCUCAACCUGAGCAUCGCCGACCUGGCCUACCUGCUCUUCUGCAUCCCCUUCCAGGCCAUGGUGUACGCCCUGCCCACCUGGGUGCUGGGCGCCUUCGUCUGCAAGUUCGUCCACUACUUCUUCACCGUGUCCAUGCUGGUCAGCGUCUUCACCCUGGCCGCGAUGUCGGUGGACCGCUACGUGGCCGUCGUGCACUCGCGGCGCUCCUCCGCCCUGCGCGUGUCCCGCAACGCGCGGCUGGGCGUGGGCGUCAUCUGGGCGCUGUCCUUCGCCAUGGCCUCGCCGGUGGCCUACCACCAGCGCCUCUUCCACCGGGACGUCAGCAACCAGACCUUCUGCUGGGAGCAGUGGUCCAGCCCGCGCCACAAGAAGGCCUACGUGGUGUGCGCCUUCGUCUUCGGCUACCUGCUGCCCCUCCUCCUCAUCUGCUUCUGCUACGCCAAGGUCCUUAAUCAUUUGCAUAAAAAGCUGAAGAACGUGUCAAAGAAGUCAGAGGCAUCGAAGAAAAAGACCGCGCAGACGGUGCUGGUGGUGGUCGUGGUUUUCGGGGUCUCCUGGCUGCCUCACCACGUCAUCCACCUCUGGGCUGAGUUUGGGGUCUUCCCACUGACGCCCACCUCCUUCGUCCUCCGGAUCACCGCCCACUGCCUGGCGUACAGUAAUUCCUCCGUGAAUCCCAUCAUUUACGCGUUUCUCUCUGAAAAUUUCAGGAAGGCUUAUAAGCAGGUGUUCAAGUGCCACGUUCGCAACAAGUCACCUCUUAAUGACACUAAAGAAAAUAGAAGUCGAAUAGACACCCCGCCAUCAACCAAUUGCACUCACGUGUGA